UGUAGAUCAUUUAGGGGAUUUUUCAAUGUUAUCUAUAGAUUUUCUUCUCCUCUGCCCUCUUCAUUUCUAUACAACAUUCGAACUGUCUUUAUUGCUAGAUUCCCAUCUAAUAACGCUGCCAACUCAUACAAUAGCUUGCACAAGUGAGAAUGAUCGUACGCCCAAAUCCCAACCAAGAAAACGAGCACGAGCUUGCUCUACCGACUCCCAAAAUGCAGUCGCACAUGCCUCACCUGCGCAAGGUCAAAGGCUCGAGCCAAUUGAUCGUCAACGAUGAACCCUUCCUAAUGCUCGCGGCCGAGCUGCACAACUCGUCACUUAGCAGCGCAGAAUACAUGCGAACAGUCUGGCCAAACAUGAAAGCCAUGAACAUCAACACGCUCCUCGGUUCCGUGACGUGGGAGAUGAUCGAGCCUGAGGAAGGGAAGUUUGAUUUCGCCGAGCUGGACGAGGUCAUCGGCGAUGCUCGUAGACACGAUCUUCACCUCGUUCUGCUCUGGUUUGGCUCUUUCAAGAACGCUCUUUCGACUUAUACCCCUGGCUGGAUGAGGAAGGACGUCAAGCGCUUUCCUCGCGUACACGUUUCCGAGGCGGGGGCGGUAGUUCGCACCGAGGAACUGGUGUCGCCCUUCAACCAACGAGCAUGGGAAGCAGAUGCAAAGGCAUUUGGGAAGCUGAUGGCGCACCUCAAGGAGAUUGAUGAAGAACACAGUACUGUCCUCAUGAUUCAGGUGGAAAAUGAAACAGGUCUUCUUGGCGAUUCACGAGACCGAUCUCGCAUCGCAAACGAGCUAUUCGAAAAGCCCGUCCCGCAAGCGCUUCUCCAACACCUGCAGCAGAGCUCUGAGAAUAACCUCCAUCCCAAGUUCUUACAACGUUUCCCUCUCGUUAAAUCUCUCAGGGCAGGCGAGGCUACCUGGGCAGACGCCUUCGGCCGAGGUCCAGCUGCGGAGGAAAUGUUCAUGGCCGACGCUUUCUCCAAGUACAUCUCCAAAGUUGCCGAAAGCGGCAAGAAAGAAUACCCUAUCCCGUUCUACACCAACGUCUGGCUCAACGUAGAAGACGAUGGCAGUAACUUGGACACUGACCUCCCGGUAGUUGUCGGCGGUGGAGGCCGUCCUGGUGUCUAUCCCUCUGGUGGCCCAUGUCCGCACACGCUCGACGUGUGGAAAUACAACACCGCGCCCCAUCUCGACUUCAUAUCUCCAGAUCUCUAUUUCCACGACUACGAGAGCGUCUGUAUCGAUUAUAAACAUGCGGGUCAGCCUUUAUUCAUUCCUGAGCAGCGACGGGAUGAGAAGGGCGCGAGGCGAACAUGGCUCGCAUACGGGACUUACGGAGCACUAGGGUGCUCGCCCUUUGGGAUCGACUCGGAACUCGCGUCGGAAGCGGCCAUCACGCGGCACUACGGUCUUCUGGCCUCGGUGUCCGAUAUCGUGCUCAAGAAACAAGCGACGAAUCCCGAGGAUGUCAUGGGGUUCUUUUUCGACGAGCUCCAUGAGGAUCCAAAGCCGAGGCUGUGGGUGAGGAGGUUUGGGAAUUUCGAAAUCACGAUUGACCGCGCCUUUGUUUUUGGAAAGGAGGGGCCAGGAGCGGGCCUGAUUAUUCACCUUGGUGAGGGUAAAUUCCUUCUGGUGGGAUGGGGAUUUAAUUUCCUUGUCAAGAGUGUCAAUCCAAAGGCGACUUUCGCAAGUAUUCUGCAUGCUGAGGAGAGAGUCGUCUCGAAGGAUGAGGAUGGACAGGUUGUGCUGAAGAGGGGGAGGGUGCUUAAUGGGGAUGAGCAUCGACAUGGAGAGUUCUUAAUGAUGGCGAAUGAGGAUCCGGAUUAUGGUGGAUUUCCCAUUGCAGUGACGCCUGGAUGCAGGACGAUGAUUUGCGAGCUAGAGGUCUAUGAUGUUGAAGAGGAUAAGGAUGAUUACUGAACUUCUUUAUCGCGAUCAAUACAUUCAUGCUUGGGCAUAAUCGUCGUGAUCAACCUUUCGCUUCGCUCAAGGUUGGAGUAAGACUAGAUAGUUAGAACGGAGUUCUGUAUUUAGAAG